AUGUCUUUUCGAGGCAAUUCCAAGUUCUUCGUAUUUGGAUUUCUGUUCCUGUUCAUCGCCCUUAUACUGGACGUAAUAGGUGUGGCUACGCCAUAUUGGUUCUAUGCAGAGAAAAAUGGCGUGAAAAUAUAUGGAGGUCUCUGGAAAAGCUGUCUCGAUAUAUCGGGCUCAGAAGAAUCCAAAUGCAAUAAGUAUGAGGAUGUUCCAGAUUGGCUGAAAGCUGUACGAGGAUUUGGCUUCCUUGGGAUACUCGUCUCAACUCUUGCUCUCACUUCUGCCUCACUGAAGAUUUGUUUGAAGGACAGAGUAUCCUUGUUGAUCAUAGCGAUUAUCUUGUCUUUUAUAAGCGCAUUGUGCUCUGUUGUGUCCAUAGCAGUUUUUGCCAGAAAAUACCCUAACUUGGUAAUAGAAAUGAUACGAAAUGAUUUGAACUUCAACUUCUCAUUUAUUUUUUGUGCACUUUUCAUCGUUCUGUCGGCUUUUGCUGGGAUUUGUAUGAUCAUUCAAAUAGCGAAAAGGACCUCGUACUCGACCAUUGAUGGUCGUUGA